AUGACCACCAGAGUAUUCCAGGCGUGUCAGCGUUGCCAGCGAAGAAAGCUCAAGUGCAACGGCGAACCCCAAUGUUCUUCCUGUUUAACCGCAAGUCAAACAUGUAUAUACGGGAGUGCGAACCGAAAGAGAGGACUGGUAGAAGGUUACGUGCGCGGCCUUGAACGACUCUUGGGAUUUGCAAUCCGACGUGAUUCCAGCUUGACCAGCGACAUGAGAAAGCUUCUCUCUUUGCAAGAGCCCGAUCCGGGUGAAGAAACGUCCCUCAGCCAGGAGACUAUGCUCGAAUCUUGGAAGAAGAGCACUAUCGCAAAGGAAGUUGACGUUCUUCUGCCAGCUCUGGAGAAAGGAGAAGCAAGGCAUUGGCAAUCGUUAUUUGCGGCUGGUACUGACCCAGAGGUCCCUUCCCACGAGCCGCUUUCAGCCAGGGGUUCCAAAUUGAAUCCGGUGCAAAGCAAUCAACUAGAUACUCCCCUGGCGUUGGAUGUUCAGGAAUUGGACUUCCUUCAUUCUUCGUCCACUGAUCCCCACGCCACCCUGCGUGACACCGAAUCAAACAAAGAUGCCACAGAAUCCAGUCACUGGACAGAAGAGCUCGAAAGUACACCAUCCACUCGGAAUCGGACACCAUUCCCGAGACUUCUUCCUGGAAACGCCAAACACAUGAUCGACGAAUUCCUGGCGUAUACAAACUGCUGGUUUCCAGUCUUGGAGCCUCACGAGCUGCUCCGAACUUUCCAUCAAUCCCGAGUCUCCGGUGACUUCGAUCGUCGCGGCCGAAAAAGCCCACGAGGCCAAUUAGCUGCCCUCUGGGCUGUUUUUGCCUUUGAGUCGUGCAAGGGCGGCAGGAGGUCUGGACUGCCUGAAACUGGCGCCCUGCAUCAACAUCCGGUGUAUAACACUGCACGAGGUUUAAUCCCGGAAGAAGACCAUGAACAUGACCUUGGCCAUGUACAAGCACUUCUCAUCAUGGCGAUGAUAAAUCUCGGUUUCGGUCAUUGGAAGGCCUCAUGGCUUCUAGCUGGACAUGCUCUACGUUUGCUGCAGUAUUAUCACAUUGGUCAAAAUCUGAAAAGUCCAAAUACAUUUGAAUCUUCCAAAGGCCACCAUACUAGGAAACCUCACAUCCUCUUGGGAUGCUUUGUUCUUGAGAGGUUGCUUGCGAUGAGAUUCGGGCAAAUCCUGCCGACUUUGUCUCCAUUUCGGCCCCCUCCCUUGCCUGAGGAUGGGUUGGAAGAGUGGGAGACUCCCCGAUUCCCAAACCUACCACCAAAUUCGCAAUAUAAACCAGAUAUUGAUAUUCCAGCAAAGAUUCUGAGCACCUUUAAUGUUCUAGUGUUGAAAAUUGACCGUCUCGGUGAUCUGCUCUCAAACCUUGAUCGUGAAAUCGAUUCGGAUGUUUACAGUCCAGAACAUGGAGAGUUGUUGAAGAUCACGCAAACAGUGACAGCCGAGUCAUACCAAAAUUACAUCCGUUCUUACUAUCCUCAAUCUCUUGUGCGAUAUUUGACCGACCUAUGUACUCUUUUGGUCCUGGGUGGCCGACGGCGAAAGGCAAUGCAAACUCACUGGGAGAAUGCUUUAGAACACGAUAUUCUUACCCUGGAUCUCAUCACCACUCUCUCUUCAUCCCUCUGGCAAUUUACACGAAUACAUGGGGCCAGCCGGAUUCCAGUUAUUUUGGUCGCAGCCUUGCACCGGAUCAUCGAGGAUAUAAUUUGUCUUGUCAAAAUUCCACAGUUUUGGGACAAGGCAGCCGCAGCAUCUACAUUACAGCCGCUUGAUCAGUUGCUUCAGCAAUUUGGAAUACACUGGCCAGCGUUUAAUUCCCUGCAUGAAAUCUUGCUCUCUGCAGUUUAUCUCCGUUCUCAGCCUGAGCGACCUCUCCGAGGAGAUGCAAAUCUCAGCUCUAAUACAUGCUCUGACCUGGCCAAUACUCUAAACUACACACGAUCCUUAAGUUGGAGCUGUCUGCCGCCAUUUGCAGGGUCCGAAUCAAUUUGUCACACUUCCGCGAGCACAAUGCUCGACAGAUCUUCCGGAUCCGGUUUCCAGAAUUUCGAUUUGGACGUCCCUGGUCCCAAAUCGAUCGAUCCCAAUAUUUUAGGGGACUCACACUUGGCACAAGACUCGGGCGUCCUCGUUGAUGGUGUAGAUGAUAUGUACAUUCAACUUGCUGAAGCUGACAUCAUGGAGUGGUCAGGCAAUUGGCAGCAAGAUGGGUUACGAGAACUAGGAUUUGACAACAAUGCUUUUGAACAGUUGUACAGCAAGGGUCAGUGA